AAAUACUUCAAAAUCAGUGAAGUCUUCAGUCUCCACACAUGAACAGCUAUGAUGAUAGUUUGUUCACAUAAAUUCUUUUAUCAGUAAUCACUCAUCACCCCUGAUCACUUCUACCACUACCACCUACCCAAUACAACAAAUCAAUCGCAUUCCUAUUCAUAAUCUGUUGUAAAUUGCUUACCUUCGACGUUAAGCAAGCCCAACUCCCAGUCUCAACAAAUGAAUUCAUUCAGGACUUUAAACAAACACACAAUGCGCAUAAAGAUAAACAAAACCUUCCUUUCACUUUCAUUACCAUAGUUCCCUGACAGGACUUUACCCUCUAUCCAUGGACUACUCACAAUUCACAACCAUGGCCAUCUUCCUCCUCCUGCUUCUCGUUUUGGAGUCCAAAAUGUCGACUGCGGCUCACUGCACCACCAUUACACCCACCAAGAUAUAUCAGAAGUGCAUGACACUCCCAACCCAGGAUGCCUCCAUUGCAUGGACCUUCUACCCUCACAAUGCCACCCUCGACCUCGUCUUCUUUGGCAAUUUUAUCUCCCCCUCUGGUUGGGUUGCCUGGGGCAUCAACCCUUCCACCCCAGAAAUGACUGGAACCCGCGCCCUCAUCGCCUUCCCCGAUCCCAACUCCGGCGUAAUCAUCGUCCUUCCAUACAUCCUCGACUCCACCGUGAAACUCCAACGCUCCCCUCUCCUCUCCCAAACACUAGACAACCAUCUCCUCUCCUCCUCUGCCACCCUCUCCGGCGGCCGUACUGCCACCGUACACGACGGCGCAUCCGUCCUAAUCCACGCCACAUUGAAGCUCGUCCCAAACAAGACCAAGAUCCACCAUGUCUGGAAUCGGGGUCUCUACGUGCAAGGCUACUCCCCAACCAUCCAUCCCACUACCGCUAACGACCUCUCCUCCGUCACCACCAUCGACGUCUUGUCAGGCUCCGCCUCCGCAAGCCACAACAACAUCAAGACCCUGAAAACCGUGCACGGCAUCCUGAAUGCCGUCACUUGGGGGUUCUUGCUGCCGGUUGGAGCCGUCACGGCGAGAUACCUUCGACACAUAAACGCAUUGGGGCCUGCUUGGUUUUAUGCUCACGCGGGUACCCAAUUGUCGGCGUUCCUGAUUGGUACCGCCGGGUUCGCCAUUGGAGUCCGGCUUGGAGAUUUGUCACCAGGGGUGGAGUAUGGCAUUCACCGGAAACUUGGGUUUGCGGCGUUUAGCUUGGGGAGUUUGCAGACAUUGGCGUUGUUGUUUAGGCCCAAGACGACAAACAAGUUUCGCAAGUACUGGAAAUCGUAUCACCAUUUUGUUGGAUAUGGCUGUGUGGUGUUGGGGGUGGUGAAUGUGUUUCAGGGUUUUGAUGUGAUGGGUAUUAGCAGGUCUUAUGCUAAGUUGGUUUACUGUUUGGCUCUGUCUACCUUGAUUGGGGUUUGUAUAGCUUUGGAGGUGAAUGGGUGGGUGAUUUUCUGCAGGAAAUCCAAAGAGGAGAAGAUGAGGAGGGAAGGAUUGGCAGGGACAUUUGACAAGGACACUAUAAGCCACAAUUGAGGCUUUUUUAUUUUAUUUUUGGGUGAGAUUAAAGGAUUUCCUUAUUUUAUUUUAGGGAGAAGAAUAUGAAUUUAAAUUUUGAAAUGGGCAAUGAAGGUAAAAGAUCAGGCAAACAUGGUUUGAACUUUGAACUCUUUAAGACUCCUCACCUUCUAAAGAUCUUUUGUAUACUGCAUAGUUGGAAAUCAAUAUAUUUUUUUUUUAAUUUAA